AUCUACAAAACAACAACUUUCGUGGCCCUAUUCCUAGAUCAUGUCAAAAAGGAAGCCAAUUGAGGGUGAUGGACCUUGGCCAAAAUCAAUUUAAUGGACAGAUCCCGAGAUCACUGGUUAAGUGCAAGAUGCUAGAGUUUCUGAACCUAGGAAAUAAUCAGAUAGAGGAUACGUUUCCUUCUUGGUUGGGCUGGCUUCCAGAGUUGAAAGUUCUCAUCCUAAGGCAUAAUGGAUUUCAUGGUGUAAUUGGAAAACCAAAAUUUAACGAGUUUCGCGAGAUGCGAAUCCUUGAUCUCUCAUUCAAUAAAUUUGUAGGUGGUUUGCCAUCUCAUCAUUUCCAAAGAUGGAAAGCCAUGCAAGUUGUUGAUCUUGGCAAGUUAAAUUACUUGCAAGCAAACGUAAGUUUUCAAGCGCCAGGAAAUAACUGGUUUACCAGCUUUUCGUACUCAAUGACAAUGACAAAGGCAGGCGUGGAAACAAAAUACGAGAAGAUUCAAGACUUCUUGGUAGCCAUUGAUCUCUCAAGCAAUAGAUUUGAAGGCCGCAUUCCAGAAGACGUUCGGGUUCUAAAGGCAGUUCAAUUCCUCAACCUCUCCAACAACUUGCUUUCGGGUCAAAUUCCAUCAGCACUGGCGAAUCUCACACAACUUCAAGUUAUGGACCUUUCUCAGAACAAGCUCAAUGGAGAGAUCCCUCGAGAGCUAGUACAACUCACUUUCCUUGAAUUUUUCAACGUCUCUCAUAAUCAGUUGAUCGGACCCAUACCGCAAGGAAAACAAUUUAGUACGUUCCAAAACAACUCAUUUGAAGGCAACCCAGGAUUAUGCGGGAAACCAUUGUCGAAAGAAUGCUAUCCUGAGGGCUCAUCACCAACAUCGCCUUCAAUGUCAAAGAGAGAUGAUGGGGGAGAUACAUGGUUUGAAUUUGGGUGGAAGGUAAUCAUGUUGGGGUACGGAAGCGGGCUACUGAACGGACUCAUUCUCGGAUACCUCUUCAACCCCAUGAAAAGUAAGUUGUUUGUAAAGUUUUUUGGAAGGAAGAUGCAGAAUCGGAGAAGGGGCAGAAGGAAUUAACUCGGUGAUUAAUGUUGAGGUAGUACGUUGCUUUCAGUGUUGUAUAAGUUAAUUUGUAUUUUCCUUUUCCUUUCUUCUUAUUUUGCCUUUCCUUAUCAACCAUGGUCACUUAUCAUGUGCAAGUAUUAUUAAUGUAAAAACGAUAUAGUUUGCCGUAGUAAUAAUAAACAACUUUAAGAGG